CGCUGCAAGGUGGUGGUAAAACAAUCUUGAAUUGCUUUUCUCUCCACUUGACAUCUCGUAAAGUAAUAUUGAAAUGAAGUAUUGUCUUCGUUUCGCCUUCAACAAAUGAAAAUUGCACAUUCAAAUGUUCAUUUAUUCAAAUCAUCAAUUACAAUCAUCGGAGGGAAUUUCAAUUAGGCCUUGUGUACAAUGUUUUUCUUAGUUUUUGCUGCAUUUUUAUCAACUUAAAAGCGGAGACAAGAUAGAAUUUUCGCGGGAAGGAAGAUAAUUUUACACCACUCUUGCGUUCUUCAAAUUUUGCUUGGUAAUUUUGGCUAAGAACUGUAGAUUACUUUUGGAGAGAUAAACAUCUCUACAGGGAGCUGACAAAAAGUGUGUUUCCCAGGAAAGGCGUAAAAAUGUGCAUUUUUUGUUUGGGUUUAAUCUUUUCUUCUACCACUUCAACUGAAAAUCCUCACCGAGUGACGUUUUUUCAAUCACAGCCUCUGGUCAUGACCAAAUGUAAGUAAGGCUAGCUUAGGUUUAUUUCAGCUUGUUAGAUUUAUUGAGCGCAGGUUAGCCUAACAGUAUAAUUUCCAAUAGCAUGAGCCGUGUUAAGAGGUUAUAAAAAAUUGAGAGGUGAAUAGAAUUAAAAGGGAAUUUACAACUUUUAAGUAUUAUUCUUCAACCAGCUUACUCUUGGAUUCAUCCAGAUUCGAUUGUUUUUUAUGUAUGGCUUUCUGUGGACUAAAAUACUUUUAAGUAUAAUUUGUCCUUAAUAUUUUAUAACCUAAAUGAAUCACAUUUAGCCGCUAACAUAAGCUUAUGUAUGUUUGUUUUAUCAAAUUUUGAGACAACAAAGAUGUACUGGCGUAGAGAACGAAAGAGGUUUACAUCAAGUUCGCCGCUUCGAAAAUGUGGUUUGCUGUGCCGUCGGAUUUUGGUGAUAUCAUUGUUCGUUGGUUGCGGUUUAAUGUUUAAAGCGCUGAUAACAGGAUUGGAAUGGAGCGACGGUAAGUAUUUCAGCUCUUUUUGUAAAACUCUGACAGCUAACUUUUUAGGGUAUUGAUCAAGGCUGUUUACGUUUACUGACUUGCACUAUAAAAUGCAAAGAAAACAUGUAAGAAAUGCAUAACAAUGAACACGAUCGGCAAAUUUUAUAGUGCCUGAUAUUAUCUUCAGCCAGUUUUCAUAAAAUAUUCAGUUUUUCAGGGAAGCAGUGUCUUUUUGAAAAAUGGAGUUUCUGCCGGCUCUUUAUAAACAAACUCAAUUUUUGACAGAGUUCAAAGAUAAAGGCAGAGGUAAUUUGGGUUUACUUCCAGACAUGUAAGCCUGGUUGAUCAUAAACGAAGAGCCAUAAAUAGUUCAAGUGUUUAAAUUGAAGCUUACAAUUCUCAAACCAGAAAAUUAAAAAAUAUUUAUAUUCACAACAUAAACCGACCUGGCGGACGAUCCAGUUGUAUGGUGGAAUUAACCCCAAAUUUUGCAGCUAAAAUCAGUUUAUCUGGCUCCACCAAAAAUUCUCUUCUGAUCCAUGUAAGUUUAUUCAGCUCAGCGAAAAUGCAGACGAAUAUGGGAAAAUGAUGGAAGUUGCUAGUGUAAGCUGUCAACGCAAGAGACAGGUUCAUUUUCGUUGAGUGACAAUUAGAAAACUAAAUCUUUCUUGACAAAGAAGCCAAUAAUUUGUAUAUGAUAAUUACUUAUAUGUUUGAAGCAAGCGGCUGUAAAAAUAUUUACGUUUUCCUGGUUAAGUGAUACAAAAUACAGACCUCUAACUGCCAAGGGAAGAAAAGAUGAUUAAUUUUUUGUUACCCACCAUAAAGUUACAGCGAUGAAAACAGGCAUGAAGCCCUUACGUUUUUGUUGGUAGUGCAAACGAGUUACAGCUUAUAAUAACCUCCAUGAUCUUCAUGAGUCCAUUCUCUGUUUUUUUACCUCUAACAAGAUGUUUAUAACCGAGUAUACUUGACCGAUCGCAGGCAAUGCUUCGCGGAGCAAAAUUUUAAACCUUCUAAAACGGCUAAUUAUACUAUGUCACCGUGAAAAUAAAUACAAGUUCACCGUUAAAUGCAACAGUCCUCUUUAAUCUUAAAUCUGAACGAUACAAAACCUAGUACUUCUCUGGGCAUUAAAAUAAAAUUGGAAUUGAUACUAUCAAUAUAUCACUAAUUGCACUAAUUUCACUAAAAGCACUAGAGGUUUACAUAAAAAUUUGGUGAUCGAGAUUAAAUUAGUUUAGAUAGACCUCGAAAACUUCGAUUGUUCUUUUUUGAGACAAAAUCUUUUGAGUCUCAACUUGAACCUCGUCGCUUUCGCUGCAGUUGCCCAAUUACUAUACAAAUAAAAUGCUUCAAUAUUGUCCCGAAAGACAAAUAUUUUUAAUUCAUCUACGGCCUUGUUUGAAAACAAUUACACUAGAGGUGUUAAGUACACCCUUUGAAAUGACCUGCAUCUUAGGUUAUUAAAAAAUGCAAAUUUUGUUUUCCUGGCUACACACUAUUGCUGUGUAAAACGAAAGUAGGACGAAAAUCGCAAAAACAAAGGUUUUUAGUUGUCUUUUGUUUCCGUAGAGUGAUGUGGUUGCUUGACUGAUCCCAUGUUCGGAUUAAGGAUUAAGAGAAGAAUAGACAAAACUCUCUAAAUAUUGCCCUCAGUUUGAACGGCUUCAAUAAACUAGUGUUUGUACGUACCUUCGACACCUCCUGUGUUCUAUCUUGAGCGUGAAGUCAGAACUUCCUUCCUUCUGCAGUAAUUGAAGCAACCUUUUGUUUCUAAACGGGAUGAUUUAAAUUGAGCACAUUACAAAUUGAUUGUCUAUUCCACACAACAAUAUCACUAAAUAAAUAUUGAAAGUAAGCAAUGUAUUUUAUCGUUGCCUUUAAAUAUUAUUACCUGUUUUGUCUCAAGAUUUCACUCUACCCAUCUUUGAAAACUUUGUUUAUUUAAUAAAGAUAUUGAGAGUCACGAAUACGGCAAACGGCAAACGUGAAUUGUGUCUGAUUUGUACCACGUGACCAAUUUUUCCCUUACUUUGCGCUUUACUGUUCAUUACCUCUACCACAAAAUUAAUAGCUUCGCGUUAGUUUUGUCUAUAACAAUUGGUUUGAACUGUUUUUAUCUGCACGUUGUCUAUAUUGAAAAAUUGUCAACUUGAAUCUGACGUUUACCGUUUGCCGUAAACGGCACUCUAAAUCUCUCCAAUGUCUACCCUAACAGGAGCCCAUCAAAUUUGAUGGGCUCCUGACCCUAAUAAGGAGUAUUCAUUACCAUUUGAGAGAAGGCUAGGAUAAGAAAGCGUUUUUCAGAAACCACCGUCAGUUAGCACUUUCACUUCGGUGCUUGCCGUUUAUUUCAACUAUUAUUUUUUUUAGAGAGCAAAACUCUUAAAAGUUAUUGCGAUAGCUUUGUAAAUUUUGCUUUGUAAGCUUUGUAAAAUUCUUUUUCUUCGCCACUAUAUCAUUUAUGAGCCAUCCAGGAGCCGAUCGGCUCCUGGCCAUCUACGUCCUGAAGAAUAUUUCUGGGGGAUGAAAAGACUAUAAUGGAUCUUGAAAGUUCUACUAAACGACUCUCGUUUUUCUUGUAUUUUUCUACAGAAUCUGUUUUUCAAUCAAGGCAUCUGCUGUCAACGGUGGAGUGGGAAACAUGUAACUUUGAAAUUGGCCACGAGAGAAACUACUCUAAUCGAGAGUCUUGGACCGCGCCCCGUAAGGCGUAUGCCUGGCUAGCAUUGCACAUAUUUCUUAUUCUUGUUAUCUUUGUAGGUAAGUGAGGGUGUGAUUGUCACAAUUUAGGGAACGUUCUCCGGAAAAACAGAACUUUUUAAAUUUACCAUUGAUGCAUGAGACGCGUUUCGACGCUACUUUUUUUAUCAUGACAUAUUACAGUAUAAAAUAGGUAUUAAAAUAAACUUGUUUGAAAAUCAUCGCUGAAUUUUAGCGCGCCUGAGUACAAAUGAAUUAUGUAAUCGAUUACGUACACCGGUAAAACCUUUUACAUUAGUUAGCAAGUGAUGUUUUUGCUCUUGUCAUUGUUCUGUAAUCUAAAGACACGAGGUGUGCGUUUAUCUGCUUACCACAACACAGUUGGGGCUAUCUUUCUUACUGUUUCUGGCCAGUUUUUGUGUUUGUUUGAUUUCGAACCCAGUACAUGAAAAAAGGGAGGAAAACUAUGAAAAAAAAAUCCUUUUUUUUCAUUUUUUUUUGUCACUCUUUAACUGGAGUAUGGCGGCUUUCGCCGGGUUUGGUAUAGCGCGGCGGAUUUUAUGAAUUAUAUUUUCGCGAUUCUUUCUUUUCUCCGCUCUAAUACACGUUCUUUACGUCAUUAACUUCUGAAUCUCUUUAUUAGCAAAAAAAGUAAUUGUACCAGCUGUAAGGCGUCUCGACGUAUUUCAAUAUAACUAAUAAAUGAACGCCAAGUCUCCUAAUUUUCAUUUUGUUUUUUUGUUUCUUAGCGCUUGCGAUUAUUUGCGACGACUUUUUUGUACCGUCAUUAGAAGCUAUUUCGGAAAAACUUGAUUUGUCCGAGGAUGUUGCGGGUGCAACCUUCAUGGCGGCGGGUUCCUCUGCACCAGAACUUUUUACCUCCGUUGCUGGAGUCACGGUUGAAAGCGAUGUUGGAAUUGGGACAAUAGUAGGGUAAGAACUUCCCUUGAAAAGUUUUGUUUUGUAAGUAUCAUACAAGGGCUAUUUGCUGAGCCAUGGGGAGCUGCGCAACUUAUGGACUAUUUACACGGGUAAUUUUAUUGAGCAAUUUUUUGCGCACCAGGACGGCAAACCCAAAUCGCGCGUUUAAGCAGUCGGAAAUUUUACCGCAAUUUUCUAAUUGCAGCCAAGUGGCCGCAAUUUUGAUAAUGAUCGAAACUCGAGCACUUUCCCGUAAAAAUGUCAACUUCUGUGCGCCACAUUUUAUUUUGGCGUUGAGAUCGACGAUACUUUCAGGCGACAAAAUACGCGUUAAAAUCGCCCAUGUAAAUACACGUUUUGGGCAAACGUAACCUUUCUGUUAUCCUUGUGAACUCCAAAGGGCGUAGCCAUUGCUCUGUAGUUGACUCGGUAGAAGCGGGGAGGUGAGGAUUACUCGGGGGAAACGUUUGUGCGGCGAUUCUCUGCCCAGUCUGUCAAAUAACCGUCUUAUAGGUAAUCAUACGACUCCGAGUUCAAUUUGGAAUUUAUUUGCACGAGGGUGUUUUUCAAAAAGUAUUAAGAAAUUUGAGCUCUCUGAAAAAACACGCGAAUGAAAACUAGAAAAGUAGUAUGAUCACCUUUCAAUAAUAUACAUGAAAAAAAUUACCAGUCAAAACUGGUUGAACUUGUUUAUUAUGGCCACCAUCUAGACCCUAACAACUGCCUGCUCAUUCCUGGAGCCCCUCUUUGGUCAUGUUGAGGUUGCACUUGAGUUGCGCACCUGAUUGGUUUUAACAUGUUUCUAUCGUUUAAAUAUUAGCCAUUCAUACUGCUCCAUCCUCGGAGACAUUUGCCUUUUAUUUCCUUGAUUUUUGUAUUAUAGUUUUUCGUUUUGCACCGUGUUUUCUAAAAACUGCCUUGUUCUCAUUCAAUCAGAUUCAAGAAUUUUUCUCUGUAUACAGUUGAACACCCAUUAAGCGGGCACCCUCGGGGUACCGGCAAGUGGUCGCUUGAUAGGGGUUGGUCUCUCAACAGAGGUUCGUCAUAAGUUGGGUCAUAAAUUAGCAUAAUCUUUAGCAGAAACAUCACUAUACUUUAAAAGCAAACACGCGACUGAGGCACCAUUACUGGUCCACAAUCGGUCGUCACCUUCUAUCUCUGACUUUUUUCCUUCAUCACUACUCUCAAAAUAAAUCCAAACUUAGUCUGUCAAGUGCUUGACGGUCGCUUAAAAGAGGUGACAACAAUGGGAAUACUCUCGUUGGAACGGCAAAAAGCUGGCGGCAGUCGCUUAAUAGAGGUGGCUGCUUGAUAGAGGCUGAAUUCCCCAUUCUUUUCUACAAUUAUUUCGGUACUUUAGGGACCGCUCAUUUUUUAUGAGAGAGGGGGGGCUGGUGGGAUUUGGGCGGGGGGCACUCGAAAAAAAUUGGCUUGAAAGGGGGGGCCAACCGAACAAAAAUGAAGGAAGGGGGGGCGUCGGACGAAAAAAUUAGAUUAAAAAUAGGAUAAGAGAUGUUUACAAAUCGAAGAAAAAUUGUGCUCUUUUAUUUAUAACAAAUAUGCUAAAACAGUUCCAGGGUAACAAGAAAACUUCUCAACAGCUUUUAUAUUUUAUAAGGACAGUGAACAUACCAUAAUAACAGUCUUGAAUAGCAACAACUUUCUUUUCAUUCAUAAAAAUGUUGUUGUCAAGCUCAUAUAAUUAAAACCAAUAAUUUGAGUCCUGAAUUGGAACUGACCUCGUUACCAGAGCUUUUCUCUGGGAAAUUUAAUGGGAGGGGCAUGAAACUACUACGAGGUGUCUCCUUCCUCAUUUUCGACGUUCUCUUCGAUCUCGUCGUCGCUGUGUUCCUCUUCUUCUUCCUCCUGUUCUUCUUCGUUGUUUUCUUCUUCUUCUUCGUCGUUUUCUUCUUCCUCUUUGUUCGUGUCUCCGACGUUUGAGCUAUAAUCUUCAGGAUGCAGGAAGCAAUACAUCCUGUUUCUUACUUCUGGCUUAAGGUUGGUAAUAAGCCUGCUUUGUGCCGCGUUGCUGAAGUAGCUUGAUUGCAGUAGGUGAGCGAUGAAUGCUGCAUCCCGUGUUAGCAACAAUGCUGCUACAUCUUCAACGUUUAUGCACGCUUCCGGAAUUGUCAUGGAGGGAGGAUAAAGAAGACAAUUGGAAAGCUCUUUUGCAAGAGGAUUUGCAACGCAGAUAUUAUACACGCGUAGGACGUUGUUUUCAAACCGUUUGCGUUUUCUGCCCUUUGAUUUCCUACGGUUUUGUUUUAAUUUUCUUUUUUUUUGACACAUAGUGUCCAGUUAAGCCCUUGAAGACCUGGUCAAAGGUCUCCUUCUUUUUUUCGAGGUUUUCUAAUUCCCCCGAAACCUUGAGCUGCUUUGCCUCAAUCCUAGCGAUGUGCUGCACAUUGAAGUCAUGGUGGAAUUUCUUGUCAGGCUUCAGGGUAAUGCCAUUCGCCUGGAAGAGCGUGGAGUCAUGAUCACUCAGAAUUUUUAACUGCCCUUUCAGUUUCUCAACAGCCUCUCUGUGUUCUUUUAUAACGUAGUUCAGUCUCCGUCCAUCACUAGGUUUCGUUCUUGCUUUUAUCGCCUCAAACGAGGAAUAUGUAGACGAGCGGCCAGCUACAACACGCUCAGGACGAGCAGUAACAAGAAGAGCUGAAAUUGACUUUUCAUUCCUUUGAGUGAGGAUUUGUUAAAAACAGCUUUCUAGCUUUCAGCUUUCUUUCACUAAAUUACGUGAAAUGUAACAAAACUAAAUUUUAAUGCAGUAACUUUUUUAAUACCUUAUGUAUUUUUUUAUUCAUGGGGGGCCUUCCAAAAAUUACUCUGAUGAUGGGGGGCAUGCAAAAAAAAUCGGAAAUUAGGGGGGGGUCAUACAAUUUUCAAAUUACACUCCUCCAAAUCCCACCAGCCCCCCCUAACCCAUAAAAAAUGAACGGUCCCUUAAUUACUGGCCGCUUAGUGGGGGUUGAACUGUAUUAUCACAUAGAAAGAGUACUUCCUCUGUAAUGAUUUAUCGGUAUUAAUGAAUUGUCUCUUGAAAUCCCUGAAUAAACAGAGCUAACCUUGAGUAAGUUGCUAAGCUUUUAAUAAUACUAAUCUUGAAAUCUAUAGACCUCUAGCAUGGCUCGGAACAAGGUACCUAUUUCGGACGAAGCCCUCUCCUUAGGUCGGUUUCUUGUUUGCUUGGGAAACAUUGAUAGCGAAGCUCCACGUGCGCGCGAAGCGAGCGCGAGCGGAGCCCCAUGCCUAAGAAAAUCUGGUAAUCUAUCCAUCCGAGAAAUUUUGGUAUAAUAACGUACGUGCUCCUGUCCGUCUGCACCACAGGGAAACCAAUGUGAAAUGUCAAUCUUUCUAGCUGGUGUGGGAGCCUGUAGCCUGUGUUUAACUUGAUAAGAGACAUUCAUACUAUGGUCAAUUGACAGCUGUCAAAACAGGGUAGCCGCUGACCAGCGUCACAUGACCGUAUCGCAGGCUCAGGGGCCAACUCAGGUCACGUGUUUUUUGAAGUUUUCUACUGACUAGUUGUUAGCUUUUAAUUGAUCGCAGGCUCAAGUUUUUGUUUUUCAGUCAUAUGGUUCUCUCCUAAAGUUAAGUAUAGAUUUGUGGAUUUCUUUGCAGUGAUUUACGACAUUUAAAGUCCAUUGUAUGAAGUAAAUUUAAAAUGCAUAAACGGGAGCUUCGCUUUUAGCUUUGGCUAAAUCUAUAUACUUUAGUUAUGCUACUGUAAAGUGCAGGUAAACAGCCACAGGUGGCUAUAUUGAGUUGGGUUUCCUUCUUUUUGUCUCUGCAGGAGUGCAGUAUUCAACCUGCUUGUAAUUAUUGCCCUUACUGCGGCUUUGGCUGGAAAGGUACGUCAGUCUUAUUUAUUGGAGACAUAUAGAAUCACGGUGGCAAACGACGACAAACGUCAAAUUCAAGUUGACGAUUUCUCAAAGUGUGCAGAAACACGUCUUUGGGUACCGUUUUUUAGUAAAUAAUGUGUUUGUUUGUUUGCAUGUGUCCAAGGACGACACCUCCAAAAAAAGUUUAGGUUUGGCCAAAUCUAUAUACUGUCCUUUUUCAUUCUUGAAAUCUAUUUAAAAAACAGUAGAAGGAAAAAUAUUUUCAAUUUCAUUAUUUUUUUAUUGCUUUUUUUUUCGUUAUCGUAGCCGGUGCGAGUAACAAAAACUGUUAUUGCAAACCCACCCAACCUUUAUGAAUUUUUUUUUUUUUUUACCAAAAAUACUUCAAUCAUUCUAGCAAUUACUUGGAACAUAAUAUACAGAAUUUAACAACCAAAAUAUGAUUUCAUUGUUGCAAAUUUACAAUGAUUACUACAAUACGGAGCGUAUCGGAUGCCCAUUCGCUAAAAUGUUAACCAUGCUAACACAGUAUAAAUUCCAGUGGCUUUUAAGUUUAAAAAUCAGAAAGUGAAACCGAAUGGAAAAAAAAAGUGAAUAAAGCAACCACAUUUAGCACAGUGAAACUGCAAAUUUACGGACACCCGAGGGACAAAUCCAGGUGUCCCCAAUACAGAGUUGACCUUUUUCCCUAAUACGCGUAUUAUGGAAAUAGAAAUUGUAUCAGGUUUGAAACCUUGUAUGGAACCAAGAGAACUGUCCGUAAUAAAGGGACGUUCACAAGGAGAGGUUAAGAACGUAUUUCUUUCAAAAUCUGGCGACAGUAGCGCGAUUCCCUGCCAAACGGUGAACCAACAUAGAAUCCUGCAGCUAGGAAACACAUUUUCUCUGUGAUAAGAUGCUAUUGAAUACGAUUGGUUUAUUCCUUUAUCUUUACGUUAAACCCGGCUAACUAUACUGUCAAUACAUCUUAAUUAUAUCAAAAAUAAUUUUUUGCCACUAGUUCGGUAAAUAUAAAGCCGUUUCAUUUUCGAUGCGUUUGAAUAAGGGUCAGCAAAUUUUUAACGUGGUACAGAACCGGAAAAAUUUGACGCAAAGGAAAAAACAAAACAACGAGAAUCUUUUUUUACCUCUUGGUUAAUUCGCAAAGAAGGAUUUCUGUUGAAUUCAAAAUAUUCUAAAGGGUUCUCUAGUUAUUUUAAACAAUGUUAUUUGGCGUUUUAGACUGUGCGUUGAAAUUUUCUUUGUGUUCAGCUACUAACUGAGUUGGGCGCAAUAAAAAGUUCUGCUGUUUGAAUCGUCAUUCAAAUUUCAAACAACAUGACUCAAACAAUACAAAAGGCGCAGAAUUCACGAAGUUAUGCAUUUUACCGAGUUCAGCUAACUUAAAAAAAAUGUUCUUAUAAAAAGACUGAAUGUUCUAUUAAAUGGAAAUUAUUAUUUCCCUGUUAUGUUAUCGCAUUGGCACAAGAAGGAAAUAACUCUAUACACUUUGAGGUACUUUUAGGUACUUUAUCCAUGACUUUUUUUUGCUUGGGCACGAUAAUUAAACUAAAAAAACUGCUGAUACCAGGUUACUAACCUUGUACAAAGCGCGAUUAUAACAAUGCUUGCAAGAGGAACAUUCACGACAACAAACCAAGUCUAGCUUCAACAGUGUUUUAUUAAACACCUGCAGCCAAACCCAAAAAUGAGCUCAGAUGACUCUGACUGUCAUCAAGAAUAAAUAAGGGCUUAUGGUCAACGAAAUUGCCGCACUGGUGAGGAUACAACAUUUUAAGUUAAUUGAACGUGAAUAAAAGUCUGUUUUUUCAUUACUCAUAUUAUUUCUCCAAACUUGCCAAGGAUCCCUUUAUAAACGAUAACGGAGAUCGCCAAGUCCCCAUUGAGUAUAAAGCAAAUCGGUUGCUACAAACAGACAGUGAAGUCCUGGUGACUGAUUUUAAUUUGACACAACACUUGACGUUGCAAGAUAGAUGGCAGCAGCUAUUGUUAUUUAAUCUAUCAGUAAAUUAUAUGAUAAUUAAAAUUUCGCUCAGCUACGUGCCUAACAGUUAAGUAACAAAUAAGAUGAUUUUCGUUAUAAGGGUCGGAUCAUUGUCCUAAACAAGUAUGCGAUAUGCUUUGGUUGCUUGUUCGCCUACGGAAACCCAGAAAAUGCCUUUGUUAGGAGCAAAAUAUUUUCUCGUAAACACCAUAGUAAUGAAGCAAAGAAGGGUAUCCUCUUGUGCAAUUUGUUGUGUUUUAAGAGUUUUGACAUAUCUUCAUUGAUAUUUUUUGACACAAUGUGCGACAUCAGCUAGAGCAAAGCUUCACCUUUAAUUUGUAUUCACGAUCAGAAAAUGAAGAAGCGAAAAUUAGCCCCGGAAAAUUUUGAGCUCAAGAAGAAUAACGCGUUAUGAAAUUGCUUAAGAAAAAAGAACCUUUUUCGGGCUCCGGUGAACGGUAAUGUGUUUAGCACAAACAGAACACACGUCUUCCAAUGUAAUGGUUAUCUCAUUUAGAGAAACUCUUUUUCAUAUCGUUUCUUACACUCUCACAUCCUCGGAGACCCAGGGGCAGAUAGUGGGGGCGAGGGAAAGUCUAAACGGGCGGGAAAAUAUAGCACGAAGAAAAGUAAAGAACGGCGAGCAGAGCCCCUAGGGACAAUGUCUUACCAGGCCAGUUCCAAACGGUCGCCGCCGUCCUAGCUUCUGAUUGGUGCCAGAAAACUUUUGUGUUUUUCUGCCCAAUCAGAAGCCAGAACGGCGGCGACCGUUUGGAACUGGUCUGGUAAGACAAUGUCCCCAGGGGCUCUACUCGCCGUUCUUUACUUUUCUUCUUUGUGCCAUAUUUUUCCACCCGUUUAGACUUUCCCUCGCACCCACUAUCUGCCCCUGGGUCUCCGAGGAUGACACUCUCAGGCCUCAUGGAAUAAUUUAAUGGGAUCGGUAACCUUUUCGCUCCGCCGUGUUUCUAAAACCUUUGCCGGAUUAUGUUAAAGAUUAUAACUCAUCGCUGGGUGAGGUUUUGCGUUUAUUAUUAUUAAUAGGCUGAUUUAGCAACAGAACGGGAACGUCAGUUGACGACUGCGCGCGCAAAUCAAACAACUGGCUUGACCGAUGGCAGAGCUGCAAAUUGCGCACCGGAAGUCGAAUUUAGUCCUUUCCGCGCGCUUUCCGGUCGUCAAAUGACGUUCCCGUUCUGUUGCUAAAUCGGCCUAUUUAUUAUCAUUAUAAUUUUCAUUGUUAGUAUUAUUUUAUGGUAGGUCCCGUUUGCGAGUAUCAUAAAGCGAAACAUGUAUUCUGAUUGGCUACUUGAAAGGGUCACUAGAUAGGCAGCCAGAGAUUGUCCAUUUUGUCCCCGCAAAGAAAAUUUUGAUUUCGCCAAGCUGAGAGAUGUUGAAUUUUCAUUCCUCCCCUAGGUUCUGCAGUUGGACUGGAGACCGCUAAUGAGAGACUCUUUCUGCUAUGCCUUGUCAAUAGGUGUUUUCUCGUGGUUCGCGUGGGAUGGCAAGUUUGAGCUUUACGAGUCUGUAAUUCUUCUAGUCCUUUACCUUCUUUACAUUAUUCUGAUGAAGUUCAACACCAAGUUAAUGAAUCUUAUGGCUGGUACAAAGUAAGUAAAUUGCAGUUUUCUUCCUCUCAUGCUAAAGCUUUGUUUUGCUUAAGAACCUUUGAGCAAUUUUGUCCCAGUCUACUCUCUGGUAAAGACGAAUACCAUUGGAGGUGAUAACUUGUUUAUGAUAUAGCGACGUGUCCACCUUACAGGGCGACAGAGAUCAACUCACGGUGUUCGUUUUAGGACGGUGUUCGUCUUAAAGAGAGGGCUGGAUUUAAUUUUCCAGUUUUUUUUAGUUUAUUUCCUUUCAACCUUUUCUUUUGUUGACUAAUAUUUCGCUUUGUGAUCAAAUAUGACUUGUUAACUCAGCUGAACAAUCAAAAUAAUUAACCGGCUUAACGCGCCUUCCGUUUUAAAUCUUUUACUUCAUCCUGUAAAUUAACGUAUUUUGCAAUACCAAUUUUUUUUAUGAUCAAAUAACUGUUAAAUUUGAGAAUAGUUGUUAAGGUCAAAUCAAGAUCCAGAUCUGCCAGUCAAUUUAAUUCAUUGACUAAAUUAUAAGCCGGAAUAAAAAAAUAAUAGAGAUAACAGAGACUAAAUGAUUGGGCGUGAAAGUUUAUAGUAGUCGCGCAGCAAACAACAGGGGCACCCAACAUCAAUUUUCGGAAAAUAUCUGUUCGGGAGACGAUUGGAGAUCUAGAAUUUUCGGAACAUUUGUUGUAAAAUUUCUUGCUUGCCUGCCUCUUCUAUGAUUUUCGAACAUCUAAAAAAUGGUAUAAUUGCCCAUUUUUAACGGAUUUUUACCCUAAAAAGGUCGCCUAGAAUUUUCGCGAGCCUUUUUUCUGGCUGAAAUUUUCGAAAAGGUAAGUUUUGAUCCCUAUAAUUUUCGGAUCAUUAGGCUUUCAGCUAGGAAAUCCGAACAGAUGAAAAAUUUUAAGGAGAUAAAAAUAUGCCCAUAUCUACCGUUUAAAUACUAAAAUAUCUUAAGUAAUGCUAUGUUUAAGUGGUUUUCAACUAUACUCUCAAUGGGUGCCCCUGAAACAAUAAACGUUGUUCUUUAAACUUCUUUUUAAACUCCACCUGUUCACAAACAUUUUUCUUUCCAUUAACUUCUACGGUUUUAUAUCUUAUCGGUCAUGGAGCAGAGUUAUCUCAAGAGAUGAGGAGCUUCCGCUGAAUCCUUACACACUGUUAGUACAUCUUAGUUCAAUAUUAUUUCCCUAUCUUAUUUCACUCUGUUAAAUAAGCUUCGAUGAGCUCUUCCCCACUUUGAAUUUAUACAAGAUAUCGUAUGAUAGUGAUUAAAAAGAGUUAAAUUGAAAGCUAACAUUUGAAGGUCUGUUCUAGAGAAACUAGUAACAAACCGAGCUAGUUUUAAAAUUUGAGAGUAUUUCACCUUUAAAUAUUAGGGAGCUUAAGCAACAGCGUUUUUGAGCGACGGACGUCAACCGGAAGUGGACUUUUUGCAGCGUUGGGCUGUGGUUUGGUUGAAACCCUCACGUAAAUCGUCUUUAUGGGAGAAAAGAAACUCAGCAAUACAAAUUUGGUAGUGUCCAGGCGUAUAAAAAGGGAAAAGGCCUCACUUCCGGUUGACGUGCGUCGCUCAAAAACGUCUUUGCUUAAGCUCCCUAUUAAUGAUUAUAAGACAGACGUCACACGUAGUCUUUAAAUAUAACUAAAUCACUCACUUUCUUCAACAUACAAGUAACAGUUAAACUCGUACUACAAGUCAAACCAUUGAUUUUCCUUCAGUAACCAAGUUCAAACAAAAUGAAGUUCAUUGGUUUCUUUUACUUUCUAUUCCUGCUAUGUUCUUGCCAACUAGACUAUUAACUGCAACAGGGGCACCCAACGACGGCUUCCACCUAAAUACAUUGAAAACACUUUUUAGGUUAUCCAGAGUACUUUUAGAUCCCUAGAUAUGCAUUCUAGGCAGCGCUAUAAAAUUUGCACCUGUUCGGUCAUUCUAGGGAACUUUAGUUUUUUCGAAAUCACAAGGGUUUCAGUAUCAUUUUCCCGAAACUUUUAGAUGCAAUUUACAUGUAAUGUAUUACGAAAGAGAGAAUUUUUCUGCCAGUUCCUCUCUCCAUCACAUUUUAGAAUCCGAAAAUGUUAGGUUUCCUUUUUCUAAUAAAAAUGAGCGUAACCUAGGUAGUAAAAUAUGAAAAAUUAAACUUCAGAAAAUCGCCCUAGUAGGGAAUUUAUUAGAUAAGCUUCGAAAAUUGUACAUGAAUGGAAAGGUCCUCGAGAAAUUUUCAGCCGUUCUCAAGUAAUAGAAGAUUCUAAUCAAUACUUGCUUCUCAGCACAGGCAUUUUACAGAAAACAGUAGUUGGGUGCCGCUGCUGCAAGAACGCGCUUGAUGGAUAAAGCUGUUUACACUCCAUGCGUCCUCAUCCUAUACCUUCAUUGCGCCUCUUUUGUUUUUAGGCACAAGGGAGGACAGGUUAGCCCGGCUCAGCAAACAGAAGUGACGCAAUUUACGAGCAGUGAAAUUGAGAUUCAGGCUGACCAAAAUUCCCAAACGUCUUCAGCUGGUGUGCUUCACGGUCGCCAGGGAACACCAGCCGGGAAAUUACCUCCCAUAAAAUCUGUGGUAAGUACACUUUUAGAAACCUCUGAAGAAAUCCCUCUUUCUGCUUCACAAAAAAGACAGCGAAAAAAAGUCUUUUACCCUAAGGUGAAAACGACAGCACGACUUGUUGAAAGCUCGAUUGAUUUCAAAACACUUUUUUAUCCAGAGAACGCUUCAAAUGAGUACGCACCAGAUUAUUCCUGCUGUUCAUUUUGAGAAAGAUAACACUGGUCCAUCGUGGUCUGCAAGGUUCAGAUACAAAAGACUUCAUAUCAGUCUCAUCUGCUGUUCAACCAGACUGUGACGUUUGUUCCACAAGCGGUUGUGAAAUCUAUGGAAGUUUAGUGUCCCGUCUUGUUCCAUUUGAUGAAUCUAGAUAUGCACUUUUUACUCGUGUCAAUUAGUACAUGUUUUCUGUUAAACAAAUUUCUUGUUGUUGUUUCAACUUAUAGGAAAGUAACUUAGCAGAGGGAGACCAAGCUAACCAAUUCUUAACAACCGGCUCUAGUCACACCAAAGGCAGAUUCUCUCACGCUAACAAAGGACAACUUUCUAGGUCAUUUGUAAGUGAAGAAACUUUGUUUGUCGUUUCUUUUGUGUGUUGAAAAAAGAUGCAACUGUUAGCACGCUGAUGGAGUAACCUUAGUCACUGAACUGCUUAAUACUCGCUGUGAAGUGCGGGAAGACCUAGGCCCCGUUUACAUGAAGAAAAGUUGUCCCGGGAAGAAGGGUCACCAUGAGCAAGUCAACGUUUCAGUGAUUUUGUUACCUCUGCGUCCCGCGUCCCCGACGCUGGCAUACAUCCCGUGGGAAGGAAAGCUAUCUUUUUCACAAUAAUUCUGUUACGCGGAAUCGUUGUUUUGAAUAGUAGCCAUGGUUAGUUUGUUUAAAGGAAGUUAGUCCUUGGAAAAAGGUGACUUGCACUUUGAUUCAAAAAUCUAUUUCAACAUCUUUGUUUGGCGGCUCAACAUCAACUAUAUGUACUUAGCCAGAGAGAGAGAGAGAAACUUUGUAUGUUUGCUUUUUUUUUUUCUAGAUUCAGAUUAUAUUAUAACAAUGUCACAGAUAAUAAUUUACAUUUGUUAGGUAGUCGUAAGCAGUCGAGGCAGACAGGAGGAAUGGGCGUCAGUUGUGUUUCAGGGAUACUGUUAUCACUGGAAACUGAAGGCGGCUCGUCAGUAGAGACAGGAAGCGUAGAUAGUUAGCAAUUGUUUUUUCUUUUUUGCUUUAUAUAAGAAGGCUCGAAAUAUCUAUUAGCAAUAAAAGGUUUACUAGUCAAAUUAUUUGAAUAAAGAGGCAGCAAGUAUUCUAGUUUGUCUGUUUGUGUAGGUGAAGCAAGUACUCAAGUUUCCUUGUUUGUGAAGGCAAAAAAAAUUCCUCCUCUUUCAAUCGAUCGACAAAAAUAAACUUCAAACUACAAAGAGACAAAAUUCGGGAUGGAACACAAGCUGGAAACUUUUUCUACUCUUCCUUGUUGUCGAUGUCUUCGACUCUAUUCAUUUUGCACAUAAGCGUUUAUUUCAGCGUAAGAAACGAACUACACAAUAUCAGGGAAUUUUGCAUUUGACACGUUCAGUAGUUCGACCUGUUUAUGAUCUUUUUAAUACCUUCCUGUCUCUACUUUUCGAUCGAUCCUGUUUUCAAUCACAGAUUAAUCUAUCCUUGGGGCACAGCCAUCAUCGGUCUGUACCGCCUUCUGUCAAGCCUCGAUUGUCAAUGUCGUUUCCGGGUCUAAGAGAUCUUUAUGACGACCCUAAGGCACAUCGAAGGAGCUCAGUUGGAUUCCAUGGCCAUAUAGAAGGAAUUAGACUCAAAUCCGUGGCACAGCAACAGGUUCUAAAGGAGUACAAGCGACGGUCAGAUAUGAUCCAACAGCAACAGCCUACGGUCGCUGUUGUCCACGUUGACUCCAACGGCAACACGCAUACGGUGCCUUUGGAUGAUGAUAAAACUACCUCUGGGAUCGAUGAAGUAGACGAGAAACAGGGGGAACAAACCAUGAAGCCUUGCCCUUGUUUACCUGCGGUAUCUGCCGAUUAUCCAGAGUUUCCCGAGGAUGGAGGCUGUUGGGCAGCGUUUAAGUACGUUUUGGGCUGGAUCUUGUUCCUGAUAAGCUUUCCAUUCCUUUGUGCGUUCACUUGGACCAUUCCAGAUUGUAGUAAGCCACAUAACCGAAAGUACUUCCUCGCUUCCUUCAUCAUGUCCAUCGUUUGGAUAGCGAUCUUAAGCUUUGGCAUGGUCACCUUGGUUGGACGGUCAGGAUGUAUUCUCAGCGUGGACAAGUUUACCAUGGGUUUGGUGGUCAUUGCUAUUGGUACCAGUGUUCCGGUUAGUUUUUGAUACAUAGUAACUAUUUAAACAGGCCACUGAGCUGGACAAUGUACCCGUAAAAUUGUAAUCACUCGAAAUUUAUGACGCCUUGUUAUUCGCUUAUUAAGCCCUACUAAGCCGGGUUAGCCAAAUACCCUACCACUGAGCCACACCAGCACUUAAUUUGCAAAUGCCAACCCCCGGGACUUAAAAGGCGCCCAAGUCUCCUCGCAAUUGCCCGGGGAGGGGAUGGACGCAGCUAUGUAGUCAUCAAGGUUUCCGUUUGUCUUGUUCAAAGCGUUGGUGCUCUCAAGUCAAUUUUAACUGGUCAUUUCGAUUGUCUGAAAAUCAGAUUGUCAGCUAAAAAUAUGUUACGGCAAAUGGAUUUUUUAACUUUAAAAUUUACUUUAGAAUUUAUUAUUAACUUCGCACCUUUCCGCUCUCAUGCCGUCCCUUACUUUCUUCACUCUAAUAUUAUGCCUAUUACAAUGCUCUAUUUUAAGCUUUCUUCGAUGUUAAUGUUUGAUGUUUACAAUAACACUGCCCCUCAUAAUAUUUCACAUCUCUUUAUUCCUACUCAACAAAUCCACUCUUACAGCACUCGCUCCUCCUCUUCUGGAAAUUAUUACAUUAGCCACUCUAGACUAAAUCAGAAAAAUGAUUCGUUUUCUAUUAUGGGAGCCAAAAUUUGGAAUAGUAUACCUGAAAAUUUACGAAAUUCUUCAAAAUCUCUCUUUAAGAAAAAAGUUCAUACAAUUCUGUUGAAAAUAUUUGAAGUUCAGGAUAGAUAUGCUGACCUAAACACGAUAAUCUCCGAUUUUAAAAAAUAUUAGCCUCCGCUUAUCUAAAUAGCUGCCUCAAUUUUCUUAUCUCAAUUUCUCUCGUGACUGACCUUUUUUUUAUUAUUAUAAAUAUGGUACUUUUUCACUUCAACUAUUCGUAAUAAAUCUUAAGCCGUCUACACCCCACCUGCCUCGAUUAGCCUUGCUAUUUGCAGGUGGUGUGAUAUUUGUAUAUUUAAUGUAAGAAAUAAAGAUGUUGUUGUUGUUCCUGGCUGAAAUUUAGCCAUAAACCAAGGAAUGACAGGGCCCAAGUAAAGAGGUUAAAGCACCAAAUAACAGUGAAACAUUUUUUGCAGGCAUUUUCUUUGACUGACUCUGGUCGCUUUGACACGAUCUCAUCUGGUGUGCCUUGUUCUAUAUUUUAUUUAGGACGCUCUGAGUUCCAUCCUUGUUGCUCGUGAUGGAUUUGGAGACAUGGCCGUGUCAAACGCCAUUGGUUCAAAUGUGUUUGAUAUAAAUCUUGGCAUUGGGCUACCAUUUGUCAUCAGAGGCUUGAUUGAUAACUUUGAAGCUAUACAUUUGCUCUCGAAAGAGGAAGAGGUGGGUAUUUGAAUUUGUGUUUUCACCAAAAUAUGUUAUGCUCUGCAGCAACUGAGGGACAAGAAUCAGCACGCACUCUAAAUACAGGUAACAUUCGCGCUAAGCGGUGUGGGGUGGGAGGGGAGCGGGGACUGCUUUUCGGAUUUCCUACUAUAACAGCCCUUUACUCGCAAUCUCUACCUGAUUAGUAGAAGGAUUUAGUUAACAUAAUGCGACGAAAGUGACAAAGGGGCAUUGGCUUGAAAUGUAAGACUAAAAUUUAAUUGAAAUAGUGUAUAGUAAAAAAAGGCUUGAGUAAGUAAAUCUUGGGGGUUUUGAAGGAAAGAGGGUCGUAAACAUCUUGGCCCACGCCCUUGUUUAUAUAUACCUGUUUUUAUUUGUUUUCAGGAUAUGUUCCUCUCAGGGGAUAUUGUAAUGGUACCACAUGUAAAAUUUGGUUUUAUUUUGCUGCUGAUUCUUCUAAUCGCACUGGGGAUUUUUGCCGCCUCGCAUUUUAGACUCAACAGGCUAAUUGGUAGCUCGUUUUUCCUCAUGUAUAUUGCCUUUGUAGUCUACGCCUACAUGCAAGAUAUGUUAUGUGACUACGAUUGCUGACUGGAAAAAGUUGUUAGUAGUUGCUUCACUUUUAUGGCUGUCGUUCUUUCACUGGUUGCAGGAAAUGUUACUUUUUCAAACAAAAAAAUUGUUUCCUUGAUUUGGGGAUCCUGCAAAAUUUUUUCUUUUAAUAGUAACAGAACAGCCAGUCAUAAACGACCAAAACCCUCAAACCGUAUUUGUACUCAAUCAAGACUUAAUUUAGAUAUUAUUUUUGUACGAGGACGUCUUUUAAAACAGCAAGAAGAAAAUCGUAUUAAAGUUCAAAACUCAUUUUAAUGUUCCCUUGAUGUUUUAAUGAUCGUGAUAACACUUGUUACUUUUGAAGGAAACAUUACCUCAUCAAGGGAAAACUAUAGUGAGAUGUGUUAUUGAUAUAAAAGAAACAUGAAAAAAUUUACUUUACAUUCAGUGGUCUUGGGGAAGGAUUCGAGCAACAAAAGUAAAGAUUUCCCGGAUAUUUUUUUUUUCAAAAUCUUUAUUUAGUUUUGACAAAUAGAAG